AUGGCUGCCGAUACGACCAUGACUACCAGCGCGGCUUCGGCUCCCUUCCCAAACGUUGACCCCGCCAUCUUCAGCUCCCUUCAAGCGAAAAUAGACAAUGAUACCGCGAUCCGCGACGAACUCAAGAGUAUUGUCGAAGCGCUGUCGAAGCAGGGAAGAGUAACGCAGUCGAUCCUCUCUCGCAUCCACAACACGCCUACUGAGGACCUCGCAGAAUCUGUCCUGGCGCCUUGUUCUGAAUCCCUCAAAGAGCAGGCGGCUACGGUGAAAGACUUAGCGCAGGCUGCUUCGAAGUAUCCCUUCUACAAAUGGAAUUCAAUAUGGCAGCGAGAGAUUCAAAAUGUGGUCAGCAACAUACAAAUGUGCGAGUGGCUCAAGAGCGGAAAUCUCGUCACUCUGGAGGAUGUCGGGCACAGACUUGAAGUACCGGUCAACCUGAAAGACGAAGAUACCUUCCAUGUCACGAUCGAAGACUACCUGCUCGCCCUCACCUACAUGAUCGAAGAGCUUGCGCGCCUUGCCCCUAACGCAGUCACACUUACCGACUACGCUCGCCCGUUACAAAUUUCGAAGUUUAUUAAAGACGUCCAUGCAGGCUUUCAGCUGCUGAACCUCAAAAACGAUACCCUUCGGCGAAGGGUAGAUGGCCUAAAAUACAGUGUGAAGAAGGUGGAAGAUGUAUUGAUGGCAUUGUGGCCCGCCGCCAGAGGCACGUAUAUCAACAAAGACUUGAUCACGAUGGUUGUCCAGGCGGCUAGGAGUUACCAUAAGGACACAAAAAUUAUCCUACACAACAAAACGCGGUUGAUUGUCAGACUCCCUGAGCUGCAACAGUCCACGUCGAGCUCUUUCGAGCCACGAGAAUUUGAAGCUGUUUCGAUACUGUAUGAUAGCAGCUGGCAUGCCAUGGACGAUACAGACGAUACAGACUGGAGUCCUGUGGAUGGCGUCCUCUCUUCUCUGUAUUAA